AGCCUACUGCGUAACUGCGUAGUAGUCAUAGUACAAGAUUACAAGAAAAUGAAGAAUCCUAGGCAGAGAAAAGUUAUAAAGUAAACGCUUCCAUCUAUCGUUGCUUCGUUGGGCACCAAUUAAAUUACAACAAAUCAUUGAUUUCUUUUCAGGUUGAAAUUUUUAGAUAUGGCUUGCAUUAAUAGGACAUUGGAAGAUGUUGAAAAACUCGUUGAGUUAGCCAAACUUGACGCUUCAAAAUUGUUUCCUUGUACCCAGACAUUGGAGUUUCCUGCUGCCUAUAAUCCUGAGAAAUAUUUGCUGUUGCAACUGCCCAACAAACUCAUUGAUGCUGUUAAACAAGGGGAUGAGCUCAUCUUGCGUGGUGAUUCUGAUGAUUUUGCAGUGCUGUGUACUGAUAAUGAAACAUUUGAGGUACGUGAAGCUGAGACAUCAAACUCAUUGGUGCUGGUUCCAUCAAUGCUCACCCCUGAAGAUAUGAAAAGCAUUGGUAACAGCCGAGAGCUUCUUCACAAGGAGAUUGUUGGAGUCCACAACAAAUAUCUGGAGGUUCGUCCAUGCCUACCGAGGCUUGGUAAGCUGCGUGAGCUAUUAUCCGAGUGUCCGUAUGCUGGCCCCUCUCAUGUGCCUAUGGAUGAUGAUGAACAAAGAAUGUAUGACAUGACUGACCUGUUGGAUCGAGUGCAAAGUAGUGAUGAUCAACUUCGAAGCGCACUUGAAGAUCUUCCUGCUCUCUUCAUUGAUGGUCACUGGCGCAUGCUGGAAUUUGAAUACUUUUUUGGUGCCACCUCGAGCGUGCUUGGGGUGAUUGAGGAGCAGCAGUGGCCUCUGGAUGCCGUGCCGCGUGUGCAGCUCAAGCAGCAACUGCGAGACGUCGAGCCGGAGCCAGUCAUUGAUCUCUGCCUUAGAUAUUUCUUUACUAACUCCGAUGAAAAUGAUGAUAUUUUGGCCAUCCAAGAUGAGAAGAUCAGUCGACUUUUUGCCGAGGUACUUCUGCGUCCAGCUGAUCGCUUCAACCUGAAUGAAUUUCUCACCAUAUGGCAGCAAAGCGUACCACCUGGAGUGAAUACAAGUGCUGAUCAGCUUGAAGGGCUUGCUCUCGUGGACCGCAACGUGUCGCCCCCCGUCGUCUGGCUCUACCCUGAACACCAGCUUCCUGAGGAUCCUGCUAUGCGCUUUUCUCAGCUCUUCGAAGUCAAGAACAAAUGGAGCUUGAAUGAAAUAUCUCCUUAUAUCAGGAAGCUUGCCAGCAGCAACUGCUCCGUGAGCAGCCUGCUCGCUAAACAUACUCGAGCUGCUACCCACAACGGCAUCAAAUACUACUCGGCCAAACACACGAGAUGAAUCGCAUCCCUCUAACUUCCUUGAUAUCCCUCGUAUUAUUCGUUACUGCAUCUUCUGUUGUCACUUAAAUUAAGCAAUUACGCAUUGUUUGCGUGAUGUCGCUGCAAUUGUUCAAGUUAUGUUGAAUUUCAUAGCGUCGAGUCUCAAGUAAAUUGUCAUUAUUUA